GUGAGUGGUGUAGUAACAAAGGAAGCAAGAGAUAAGAAAAAAUAGAGAAAAAUGAAAUGGCAGAGAAAGAAGUGAUAAAAAAAUAAAAGUUGUGAAGGGAAAGGGUUUCGAAAGACAAUGCUACCCUUUCAUGUGUAAUACUAAUAUAGCUAGCUAGUUGGCCAACACAUGGAUGGAACCACCACUACAUCCCAAUUCUGAAAGCUUUACACGCUUUUAACACUCUCUAGAAAAGUGGUGUUCUUUUCUUUCUCUGAGGACUCCUAGCUUUUCCUUUUUCCCAUUCUCUUCUUAAAUCCAUGGACACAGCUCAGUGGGCACAGGGUAUUGGAGUGGUUAAACCUAUGGAAGGUUCAAAGCCUCCUCCUAUGUUGGAGAGAAGGGCGAGGCCUCAGAAGGAUCAAGCUUUGAACUGCCCAAGGUGCAAUUCCACCAACACCAAAUUCUGCUACUACAAUAACUAUAGCCUCUCCCAGCCAAGGUACUUUUGCAAGACAUGUAGAAGGUAUUGGACUGAGGGUGGUUCUCUCAGAAACGUUCCUGUGGGUGGUGGCUCUAGAAAGAACAAGAGAUCAACUCCAUCAGCUCCGUCACCAGCAUCAGCACCAACAAAGAAGCUUCCUGAUCUCACACCACCAAAUUUCCCUCAAUCGGCUUCUCAGGACCCUAAGAUCCACCAAGGCCAAGACCUUAACUUAGCAUAUCCUCCAGCCGAGGACUAUAACACUGUGUCUAAGUUCAUCGAGGUUCCUUACACCACGGAAUUAGACAAGGGCAGUCUUCAAAACGCCACUUCCUCAUCGACACCGUCUCAGUUGUCUGCCAUGGAGCUUCUCAAGACUGGGAUUGCUUCCUCAAGGGGUUUAAACUCCUUCAUGCCAAUGUAUAAUUCAACUGGGUUUCCUUUGCCUGACUUCAAGCCACCACCUGGCCUUAACUUCAGUCUGGAGGGCUUUGAAAAUGGUUACGGGGGUCUUCAGGGAAUUCAAGAGGGUCCUACUGGUGCAAGGAUCUUGUUUCCUGUGGAGGAUUUAAAGCAGCAGGUUCCAACCACAAAUGAGUUCGAUCAGCAGAAUAGAAGUCAAGGGGAUUCAUCUGGGUAUUGGAAUGGCAUGUUAGGUGGAGGAUCGUGGUAGAUAUUUAGAGAAGAAGAAGAAGAAAAAAAAAAGAGAACAAGGGUUGCUGUUUUAGCCUUUUAUUUUAUUUUUUUUCUUUUCUUUUCUUAAUGGAGGGAGUGUGGUUGUGUUUGGAGUGAUCAGAACCACUAACAAAAUAGGGUACAUGACUACUGUUUCGCUUCUUUUUAAUCCAUUUCAAUUUUUGGUCUUCUUUUCCUUUCCCUGGUAGUCCCACUUUGGUAUUGUUGGCUUUGGUCCCAAAGAAUGUGGCUGUAUUUUGAAGCUACCUUGCAUUUUUAUUUAGGUUAAGCAUCAGGAGUAU